UAGGAGUAUUUAAAGACCAGACGUUGAUCUCUCUGGUUCCCAAAGCACGCUGUUGUUAGCCACCUAGCUGGAGUAAAGCAUCGUGCGCAUAAGGCCGGGGAGUACAUGCAUGGCGCCCUCCGGCACUGCUGCCACUCCUGAGAAGAAGCUAGGCUCUGAGUUUGAGCCCUCGCCAUGGGGCGACUUCUUCAUCGAGUACGAGCCAAAGCCACAGCAGAGGUCAGAGGAUUGGAUGAUGACGAGAGCCGAUAAACUGAAGGAGGACGUCCACAUGAUGUUUAACACUAGCAAUAGCACGGAGGGAAUGUUCUUGCUCGAUACCCUCCAACAUCUCGGAAUAGAUCACCUCUUCGAGGAGCAGAUUCACAACACUUUAAGUGAAAUCCUUGAGAACAAACUUACUAGUUCAGCCAGCCUGCAUGAAGAGGCUCUUCGGUUUCGCUUGCUUAGGGAGCAUGGACACUGGGUAUCUCCAGAUGUGUUCAACAAAUUCAAGGGUGAAGACGGAACCUUUAAGAGGGAUAUAACUAGUCAGCCAAGCGUACUAUUGUGUUUAUAUAACGCAGCUCAUCUUCUUAUUCAUGGUGAACCAGCGCUUGAAGAGGCCAUAUUUUUUGCAAGGCAUCAUCUUGAAUUAGUGAGUGGUAGUCUCAAGUCCCCUCUAGCUCAGCAAGUCAAACGCGCACUUCAUAGACCAUUGCCAAGGAGCUGUAAGAGGGUGGAAACAUUGUAUUAUAUCUCGGAGUAUGAAGAAGAGGAAGGGCAUAACCCAGUUCUACUAGAGCUCGCAAAACUAGAUUUCAACCUAUUGCAACAUGUCCAUUUGAAGGAGCUCAAAGCUAUUACUGAGUGGUGGAAACAUAUUUAUGAUAACAUUGGACUAAGUUAUAUUCGCAACCGUGUGGUAGAGAGCUACACUUGGGCCUAUGUGAUAUACUACGAGAGAUGCUUUGAGCUCCCCCGCAUUAUCAUCGCCAAGAUGAUGCUGCUAAUUACUAUUUUAGAUGACACAUAUGAUACCCAUGGUACCAUAGAGGAUUGUCGGAAGCUACAUGAAGCCGUACAAAGAUGGGAUGAGAGUGCCAUUUCUCUUCUACCGGAGUACCUGAAGAAGUUUUAUAUUGAGUUGUUGAGGACCUUCAAAAAUAUUGAGGGUGAAAUGCCAAUUGAUAUCAACUAUGAUAUUUAUCAUCUAAAAAAAGCGAUCCAAAAUAAUGUGACUGGUUAUCUCCAAGAAGCCGAAUGGUCUCACAAGAAUCACAAGCCAAGAUUUAUAGACCAGGUGAAUCUGACUAGCCUAACCGUAGGUGCACCAACAGUAUGUGUAAGUAUGAUGACUGGCAUGGGUGACACGAUAAUGAAGCAAGCUCUUAAGUGGACAGCUGAUGUCCCUGAUGUUGUAGUAGCAACCGGAAAGAUUGUACGUUAUAUGAACGACCUUGCUGCAUUUAAGCGCGGAAAGUGCAACAGCGAUGUUGCAAGCUCCGUGGAUUGUUACAUCAACGAGUACAGUGUCACGCGCGACGUGGCGAUCGCAAGGAUUGAUGCACUCAUGGAAGACGAAUGGAGGACUUUGAACCAAGCUCGGUUUGGAAAUCGUGUUCUACUCCCAGCUAUGCAACGUAUUAUCAGCUUGGCCCUUAGCGCGUCUUUCAUCUAUGACAACAUGAACGAUGCGUACACGGCCAGUGAGCAUCUUGAGAAAACAAUUGAGAGACUUUUCAUCGAGCCAAUGUAGAUUCUACCUCCAAGAUCUGCGCCCUUUUUUCAGUAACUCUUGGCGAGCAUAUGGUUCCAGGAUCCGUCAUAGCUUAUAUACAGACAUUGUGGUUAGUCAACAACGUUUUCACGCGAGUCCUAGACAGAUAUCGGUGGCUGAUACGUAUCUUUAGAUGGCUUAUUCAUGUUGCAACUUUAAGUGACCUACUAUGAUGUGUAAUAAUGGUAGUAAUAUUUAAUAAUAAUGCAAUAAAUAGCUGUAUGUAUCAA